AUGGAGCGCACGUGGUGGGAUCAUUUGGUUGAGCAUGUGAGCUCGUCGGCGCCAGCAUCGGGCCACAUGGCAGUGUCAACAGCUCCAUUCUUUCAGGAUGUGCCCGACCGUGCAUUGUCAGGCAUACUCCCAUCGGAAGAUGUGGACUCCAAGACUUUGUGGAAGGCUCUUGAAGAAGGCAUGCCAAACCUCAACCGGCGAAGGAGGAAGGCGCUUCAUCGAGCAUCCAAUUGGGUUGUUCACUUGUUUGCGGGCCCUGGCUCGCACAAGGCUUUCAAACGAUUGGAGUCGCAGGAUACAGUUGUUGUUGAGCUUGACAUUUGCCGCUCAAGGAGCCAAGAUCUUUACCAUGAUCCGCUUUGGACGCUUCUUGCUAAGGUUGCAAAGUUGGGACGAGUUGCGGCGGUCAUUGGAGGUCCACCAACCCGCACGUGGUCCAUGACAGGGCACCGCGCCGAUGGACCACAUCCACUCCGCUCGCCCACUGAACCGUUUGGCCUGAGCACUCUCACCUCUGACGAGCGUGAUCUCGUUGAUCGUGAUACGGGUUUGUAUGCUCGCAUGUUGUGGUUGCAUGCACUCUCCACCGCCGGGAGGCGUGUGCACCCAAACCCAUCGAAUGGAACAUCCAUGGUGGCAUUCAUGUUGGAGCAACCGUCGGUUGAACACCACAUGGCUUCAAGCCAUUCUGCUGUGGGUAGCGCUCCGUCGUUUUGGAACACCGCGCUGUGGCAAGCUUACGCUGAAGAGGCUGGUUUGUUUGAGGUGCAUUUCCGUCAAGGUCCGUUGGGGCACGCUGGCGAUAAACCCACAACUGUUGGCACAAACUUGCCCGACCUUAGAGACUUGCAAGCGUUGCAGGGGGAGGUGCCGCAGGUUUGUUCUAGCGCCGACAACCGUGUGUCUCCAGUGUGGGCGCCGGGGUUUGUGCAAGCCAUCGUGUACGCACUCCAACGGUGGCCAUGUUACCGCCUCAUGAAAUUCACCCAAGCGGAUUGGGAACAGCAUGUUGCGAACAAUCACGUGCCUUACCGCCGUGAUUGUGCAGUUUGCGUGCACGGUGCCGGAAACGGCCGCCGCCACCACGGUGUAGUUCACCCGGAUGUGUAUUGCAUGUCAGCCGACAUUGCGGGGCCCAUCCGUGUGAAGGGCAAAGACCCAGAAAGCCGCAACCACCGACCAGCCACGUUCAAGUACUUCCUCGCUGUGUCGUACCGCUUCCCACGGCUCAGAGGAGUGAAGGAGGAGUCAGACCCCAGCCAAACCGAGGGGUUUGAUGAUGCAGCACUCCUCCCGGGAGGGACGGAUGACCUUGCAGAUGAGGCCUUUCCCGCAGCAGAAGGCCCCCCGUGCGAGGAUUACGAGGACUCCCUGCACGAGCCAAGUCUAGCGGAAGAAGAGGAGGAGGCGGAAGGUGAAGGAGUUGAAGGGCCUAGGGAGUUUGCAGCCAAAGUUGCCGAGGAGCAUCCCUGGGAGUCAGCCAGGUGUGAACUCGAAACACCGCCUGACAUGGCGAGGGUUCGCGGCAAGCGGUCUGCUGGUGUGAGACUUGACGACGUCUUUGCACUUGACCCGCCGCCCCCCUUGCCGCCGCCAGCAGAAGCUCCACACCCGGAAGGGCCUGUGUCACCGGUUGAGGAGGAGUCUGCCCGUGUAGCGCGCUUGAGUCUACAAGACCUUGAAGGUUUAGCUACGGAGCUUAUCGAGGACGACUGGGACCUUGAUGAAGCGUUGUGGGUGUUAGCCGAAGUGUGCAGAGCAGCGCCCCAGCUGCAACACAAAGCUGGGUUGUACCGUCACGGAGGUGUCGUAGGAGUUUUAGGGGGUACCACAGAUAAGCCUUGGCUGACAGAGCUUAUGAAUAUGGUGCUUUCGGCAGUUGCACCCACAGCAGAGUACACCUCGCUUUGGUUGUCUAACUCCACUGUUCAACCCGUGCACGCCGACCACCACAACCUGCAGGGAUCCACAAAUGUAGUCCUCCCUUUGAAGCUCCCGCCUAACGGAGGGGAUUUGUGGAUAGAACUCAAGCAUUGUGACCUAGUCAGUGGCCCUGUAGAGGAGCGGGUAGACGGCAAAGGCAGGCGCUGGUUAGGGACAACUCACAAGUUAGAGCGCGGUAAGCCCUUCUUCCUAGACCCUACUCGCCGCCACGCCACCACUCCCUGGAAGGGUGAGAGAGCAGUGCUUGUCGGCUACACUGUCAACACGUUAGGCAAAGAGCUUGAGCACGAGUUUCAAAGCCUUGAAGCUUUAGGUUUUCCACUCCCAGCGUCGGUACGUUUACCGCUGACUGAGCAGCAAGACGUGAGACGUCUAGACGCGUUUGACUGCUUCGAAGAAGAGCCCCUUCAGGAGACAAAGGCACGUCACCCUGACGGGAAGACUUCUGAGUUAGCGCCUGGGACUGUGCUUAAAGGCGGAGGUUGGAAAGAAACCCAAGCCGUAGAAGCAGGUACUGUAGAGCUGGAGGUGUCGUGGAACCUGAAACACUCGCCGGACCACAGGCGAACCCAGUCUGAGCACGCCCUGCUGGCUUGCCAACCAGACACCGAGACACAGGUUGAGGAGGAGGAGAGCUCAAGCGAAGACUCCUUGCCGGAGCAACCAGUGCUGUGGGAGUUGUGGGUUCCAGACCCGCAGACAGGUGAGCAGCUGUGUGUUCUCAGGUCUGACGACUCGGACGCGAGUGAAGCUUGCGCCCUUUGCAAGUCUGAGCCGGUUUACACUACCAACGUGGAGCUGUUGCUUGACGGGUUGCAAGAACCACUGCAGGUAGUCCACACUGUAGACCCUCGGGAUGCAGAGCAAUGCAUCGAGAAGUGGAUGCCGUCCAUUCACAAAGAGAUCGGUGUCAUUGAGAAGGCUGUGCGGCGACUGCCCCCUGCAGAGGGUGACGCUGCCCUCGCUACCCGGAAGGGUCAAGCUUACCACAAACGCAAGGCUCGCUUGGUCGCUUGUGGCAACCACGCCUACAGUGAAACUCAAGCUGUGGGCACUGGGACCGUGGCGCAGCAAGACCUGCAGCUGAGUGCCUUCGCUGUCCUGCUCGCCUUCUUUCAGGUCGUAGGUGCUGCCAGCCAGACAACGGACGAGGAAGAAGACUUGUCUCUCCCCGUGUCGCUUGAUGCAGAUUUGAUGUUGGCAGUAUCCAUCAUCUGCAUUGGUAUCUGCUUCAUUGCAGUGUGGGAGUUCUUCAAGUGGUGCCUUCAAGGCAUCAUCUCCCGCCGAGAGGCAGGGACACCCGUGUUGUCUCUGAGCCCCCGCAAGGCGCGCAAGUUACAGCGCCUUCGAGAUCAAACUGCGCAGGCCAUCCAGGCCGAGAUCUCUGCACGUGAGGAGGCAGCAAGCUCGCAGUCUGUUGCUGCAGCGCCCAGACGCCGUCCCUCACAAACAACUCGCACGCGUGAGCAGGCAGGUGGAGCACCAACGCGUUACUUUGCAACCCCCGAAGGGACCAAGCUCCACCGCACUAAGACCUGUUCCACGCUCGCCCACUCGCACAGGUUUGUUGAGUUUCAAGUGUGCCAGCAGUGCCACGGCAGCGCUGCAGACCACACCCAGCACAGCACAGGGUAG